CGCGUUUUCUCCGACAAGCAUCGCGAUCCUCCCGUCGUCUCACGCUCCGCAUCGUCUCCGCGCCUCGCCCGUCGCCCGUACCGCGCCGAGCCGGCCACCAAGCCUCACUCGCGCCUGCACCGCGAUGCUCCCCCGCGCCUCCUCCCUCGAUUCGGACGGCUCCCCCCACGCUGCUCCCCCGCGCCUCCUCCCGCGCCGCUGCUAAAUCUGAAAUCCGGCGCCGGCGAUUCGGGUGGCUCGGCGUAAUCCGGCGGAGUCGAUGAGCUGGUGAUGUGGUGCUGCGGUACGACGAGGUGGACGAAGCUUCCACCUUUGUCCUCCAUGGCGGGCGGCAGCGUGGAAGUAGGCGGCGGCGCGGAAGUGGGUGGUUGAUGUCCCGAUGAGAUCUCUCGUUCGGGGACCGGCGGGCCCUCUUCCUCGUCGUUCCCCAGCUCCGCAAGCUUCCCCAUCGAUCCCCAUCUCCUGCAAGUUAGAUGGAGUACUCCGUAUCACAAAAGAAGACCUUUUAUCUGGUCAGAGCUUAUUGAAACUUACUCAUUGGAGAGCACUGAUAGAGCAUCGAAUUUCAUCAUUGGGGAACUUGAGGUGGAGAUGGUUCCUUAAUCUGCAGUAUAAGUACCAAGUUCAGGUUCAGGCACAAUUGCAGAGACUUCAAUCACAACUUCAGUUCAGUUCAGGUUCAGUCGCAGCUGCAGCCUCAAAUUUGCUUCAGUUCAGUGAAUUGUCCAACUUCAGUUCAGUGAAAUUGAACCCGACGCAGGCUCUGCAGGGAUUGAAAUUGAGGAUCAGAGGAAGGCGGCGACCUCGUCCUCGUCCAGGUCCUCGGCGACCUCAGAGGUCCAGGUCCUCGUCGUCGAUGGAGUGGCGGUGGACGGCGAGGGAGCUGCGGAGGAGGGAACUGCGGAGGCGGCUGCAGACGAAGGAGGGAGCGCGGCUAGCAGGCUGGCCGCCCUCCGCCCGGCGCGUCCACGAGCUCUGGCGGGAGGCCGGCGGGAGCUCCGCGUGCCUCCGGUGGCGCGAGGACAGCGGGAAGGCGACGGAUGGCAUGGAGGGCAGCACGAUGGAUCUGUGCGUCUGCGUGCUCUGGCGGGAGGCCGGUGGGAGCUCUGCUUGCCUCCGGCGGCGCGACGACAGCGGGACGAAGACGGAGGGCAGUGAUAUGGGAAGAUUUGGUUUUGAAUUUCAGCAUGGUGCCUCUAUUAUCCAAGGGAGUGAUCCAGUCACUGGUCACGUAAUUUCUACAACGAUUGGAGGGAAGAAUGGAGAGCCUAAAAGGACUAUUAGCUACAUGGCAGAGCGAGUUGUGGGAACUGGAUCAUUUGGAAUCGUCUUCCAGGCAAAAUGUUUGGAGACAUGUGAGACUGUUGCCAUUAAGAAGGUCUUACAGGACAAGCAUUACAAGAAUACGGAGUUGCAAAUAAUGCGAUCAAUGGACCAUUGCAAUGUCAUUUCUUUGAAGCAUUGCUUCUUCUCUACCACAAGCAGAGACGAACUUUUCCUGAACUUGGUCAUGGAGUUUGUUCCUGAGUCAUUGUAUCGUGUGUUGAAACAUUAUAGCAAUAUGAAACAAAGGAUGCCACUGAUAUAUGUCAAACUCUAUGUGUACCAGAUAUUUCGUGGUUUAGCCUACAUUCAUACUGUGCCUGAAGUUUGCCACAGGGAUGUGAAGCCUCAGAAUAUUUUGGUGGAUCCUCUGACUCACCAAGUCAAAAUAUGUGAUUUUGGGAGUGCCAAAAUGUUGGUUAAAGGUGAAGCAAACAUAUCAUACAUAUGCUCACGUUAUUACCGUGCUCCAGAGCUGAUAUUCGGGGCAACCGAGUACACAACAUCAGUUGAUAUAUGGUCAGCCGGAUGCGUUCUUGCUGAGUUGCUUCUUGGCCAGCCUCUAUUUCCUGGUGAAAGUGCAGUGGAUCAACUUGUUGAGAUAAUAAAGGUUCUUGGUACUCCAACACGUGAGGAAAUCCGUUGUAUGAAUCCCAACUACACAGAAUUUAGAUUUCCGCAGAUAAAAGCCCAUCCAUGGCACAAGAUUUUCCACAAACGAAUGCCUCCAGAAGCAAUAGACUUAGCAUCACGACUUCUUCAGUAUUCACCAAAUCUACGAUGCACUGCUCUCGAAGCAUGUACGCAUCCAUUCUUUGAUGAAUUGUGAGAGCCCCAUGCAAGGUUGCCAAACGGACGCCCAUUCCCUCCAUUAUUCAACUUCAAACAGGAACUAGCUAAUGUUUCACCCGAGCUCAUCAGCAGGAUGAUACCAGAACAUGCUAAGCGACAUUGUGGGUUCAGCUCGCCUGCCACUGGAUGAUAGGGAAUGUUGCACGGUUUUACUCUGCACGCCGCUAAUGCUUGUUUGUGCCAAGAGGCAACCUGCAUGCUCUCACAUUUUAGAAGUAGAAUCUGAUGACCAUUAUUGGAAAGCCAAAGAUGAGCUGGCGCCAUUGUGUUCAUAUUAGGCGGUGUGUGUUUGUGCAGCCAGCCCAUUACAUCAAUGCUCCAGCACCAUUACAAGGGGGCCAUGGUGGUCAGGAACUCAGGAUUAUCCAGGAAGCCAUGGCUGGAGCUAAUUGGGUGGUGUAUUGUUAAGUAAUUGAUGCUGAUUGAAAAACCCUGCCCCACGUAUGCAAUUUCUCCCAUGUUUAGUGGUGUCGUACUGUAGUGUGCCUGUAAGUGUUCCACAUCUUGUACUGUGAAUGUAAUUGUGUCAAUGUUCCCGGCAGGAGGUUUCAAGUCUCGUAUUUACCUUCCCCCUCAAAAUUAUACAUGUAUUAGCCAAGUGGCUGUGAAUUCUGGAACCCCGUACCUACUUCCGUCAUCUGUCUGUCACUCUGUCCCCCUUUAGCAGGAAACAUGAAAGAGUUUGAUUGUUCUGAAAACAGAAUUUCUGAUCA